CUUUGCUAUGCUCGAACCCCUCAAAUACUGAUGAGAGAAAUGCUACGCAAACCGUUGUUGCAUCAUAAGAUAGACCAGGGGUUUGCACUGCGGGGAUGGCUUACCGCUAAAUCGAAUGCUGGAGAUGUUGAGUGAACCAGUAUUAGAAGAGUCCGUAGCCUUUUUGUGUUUUACCUCACGAUCACGACGUGGCCAUCUUGACUGUGGUAACCACUGAUUCAAGUUCCUUUGAACGUGUCCAAAACCAAUGGCGAACAUUACAAUGAAAGCUGUGCACUAUGACGGGCCAUUCAAGGUCUCUGUAAAGGAGAUUCCUCGACCUAAGCUCGAGCAUCCCGAUGAUGUUAUCAUCAAGGUAACCACAACAUGCAUCUGCGGGAGUGAUUUGCAUAUGUAUCAAGGACGAACAGCUGCAAAAGAAGGCCUUGUUUUUGGCCAUGAAAAUAUGGGCAUAGUGGAAGAGCUUGGCGAAGGAGUUACUCUUUUAAGGAAGGGUGACAGGAUUGUCUUACCAUUUAACGUGGCCGACGGCAGAUGCAGAAAUUGUGAAGAAGGCUACACGGCCUUUUGUACUGGUGUCAACCCAGGAUUUGCUGGGGGGGCGUACGGUUAUGUGGCAAUGGGCCCCUAUCAGGGUGGUCAGGCUCAGUAUCUGAGAGUUCCGUAUGCGGAUUUCAACGCUCUGCUACUUCCGCAGGGUACAGAACAUGAAGCAGACUUUGCACUGCUCGCAGAUAUCUUCCCCACAGGGUGGCACGGCGUGGAAUUAUCAGGCUUUAGGCCAGGUGAGACAAUUGCAAUUUUCGGCGCAGGUCCCGUAGGGCUCAUGGCUGCUUAUUCUGCAAUUCUCCGAGGAGCAAGUAAGGUCUAUUCGGUGGACAUGGUUAAGGAGCGUCUUGAUGUGGCAGAGAAGAUUGGAUGUAUCCCAAUUGACUUCACAAAGGCAGAUGCUGUGGAACAGAUUAUUCAGCACAAUGGAGGUAUGGUUGACAGAGCUGUGGAUGCAGUUGGUUACCAGGCUGUGGAUAAGGAAGGUCAGAAGGAGAGGCCAAAUGUAGUUCUAGAUUAUCUGAUCAGGGUGACGCGACCUUGUGGUGGGCUGGGCAUUCCUGGCCUGUACGUACCCUCGGAUCCGGGUGCGCCAGAUGCGCAAUCUAGUCAAGGUCAGAUCCUUAUCUCAUUUGGGAAGCUUUUUGAGAAAGGGUUAAAGCUAGGAACCGGCCAGUGCAAUGUCAAGGCGUACAACCGAUAUCUGAGAGAUCUCAUCAUUUCAGGAAGGGCCAAGCCAUCCUUUGUCGUAUCACACGAAGUCAGUAUCGACGAUGCUGUUGACGCAUAUGAAAAAUUCGACAAGCGCAUAGAUGGAUAUACGAAAGUACUGAUACAUCCAAAUGGGCCACUGAACUGACGAGAGAGUGAGACUGCUGGUAUAAUUCAGUGUAAAACACGGCGCGGUUUAAGACUAGUACUAGUUCUAUCCUAGGCAUCUGAAG